AUUCAAAUCCAGUGGAGAUUUCCCUGGGAGAGGAGGCUGGGAAGAGGGAGCUGAUGAACGAGGACAUCCAGAUCCAUUCCUGGCCUUGCUCCUAUUACCUGGACAGCAGCAAGCAAUGGAUCCCAGGGAAACUCUCCCUGACCCCCCUUUCCAUCCAGUUCAGGGCUGACAAAACUGGAGAGCUCCUGGUGGAUUUCCACCUUUGUGGGAUCAGCGAGAUCAAGAAGGAAUCUUCCCAUUUAAUCUUCAGCUCUUUGACCAUCCUGGAUAAGGGCACCAAGCAUUGGUUCAGCUCCCUUCAUCCCAACAGGAAUGUGGUGUUCAACAUCCUGGAGCAUUUCUGGAGGGAGCAGCUGCUCUCCAGGCACGAGGCUGGAGCUGGAGCAGCCUUGGAAUUCAGCAAGGGCAAAGAAUUAACGGGAAUGUUGGAAGGAUCCCAAAAACGCCUGGAGGACACGGCCAAGGUGCUGCAUUCCCAGGGGGAACAGUUUGACAACAUCAUGAGGGGACUGCACAAGAUCGAGGGGGACAUGGAUGUGGCUGACAGGCUGUUAACAGAGCUGGAAUCUCCUUCCUGGUGGCCUUUCAGCACCAAACUCUGGAAAACCCCUACGGAAUCCAAACCCAAGGAAAACCCUGCAAUUCCAGAUACAAACAAGCAACAAGAAACCCUCCUCAAAAUUCCCGUCAUCAUCACUCACGGCGCGGAUCCCACGGCCAAACCCGGCCAGCUCACGGCUCUGCCGUCGGGUUUGGAGAUCAGGGAUUGCAAUUCUCAACUCGUGCAGCGUUUUGCGUGGAGGGACGUGGACGAUGUUUGGGUGCACAGCCCUUACGAGAUCAGUGUCCGGCAGCGUUUCCUGGGCAGGGCCGAUCGCUCGGUUCGGCUGCUGGCGGCUCGCAUGCCCCGCCUGGUGCCCGUGCUGCGGGAACAGCUCGGCUCCAAAAUUCAGCUCCUGGACGAUGCCUUCGGAUUUGUCGGAGCAGGGAAAUGCAGCCCGCAAAGGGAUUUGGGAGAGGUCGUGUGGAAGGCAGCCAACGAAUUCUUGGGAGCGACGGCAAAUCCCGAAAUUCCGACGGGAAACGACCAAAAAAUGGAAAAAGAACAAACAGAGGUGCAGAAAAUAUCCCAAGAAGAAGCCAAGGAGCUGAGGCAGAUCCUGCAGAAGCUCAAGGGGCUGGCUCUGCAGACGGAGGCGGAGCUGGAGCGGCAGGACGAGGCCCUGGACUCCAUCGGCAGCUCCGUGGAGCGCGCCACGCUCACCAUGGAGCGCCACAGCCGCAGGAUGAGGAGGCUGACGUAA